AUGGCUAGCCACGAAGAUUGCAAAGAUCCUCAAAUCAUGACUACCUCAACUUCUGGUAUGGAGAACUCUCAACCGGCCUUUCCUUACUAUCAUCGAAAGUUUGCCAACCCGGCUCCUUUGGGCUUAUCUGGCUUUGCGGCCACUACCUUUCUUUUAUCCCUUUUCAAUAUGCAAUCGAGAGGGAUCACCACUCCCAACUUGAUCGUUGGUCUUGCAAUGGGAUAUGGUGGAUUGGUCCAGUUAUUGGCUGGCAUGUGGGAAUUCGCUGCUGGUAACACUUUUGGGGCCACUGCCUUCUCUUCUUACGGUGGAUUUUGGAUCAGUUUUGGCCUCAUCUUCUGGCCACAAUCUGGAAUCCUAGCUGCUUACACGGGUGCAGAAGGAACAGCUCAACUAGAGAAUGCCUUGGGAUUAUACCUUUUUACUUGGUUUAUCUUUACCUUCAUCAUGCUCGUUGCUUCCCUUCGGUCUUCGCUAGCACUCGUCACGCUGUUCUUCUUUCUCGACGUCACGUUUCUAGUAUUAGCAGUUGGUAAAUUUUAUCCCGCAACUACUCAAAUUACCCACGCCGGAGGUGUACUUGGUUUAAUCACCGCCUUUAUUGCUUGGUAUGUUGCGGCGGCGAAUUUGUUGACAGCUGAAACUAGCUUCUUCACUUUGCCUAUUGUCGAUCUUAGCCGGGAUCGUCGUACAAGAAGAGAUUAGAUCGCCUUUUCUCCAUUUGACGGCACUCUUGAAAAGACGCUAGCUGUCGACCUGAUCAACGUAGCAAGUUGAUGAUUUAUUUUUACCUAGUUUUCAGUUGCAUGGCAUGUCUGGUUUCAAUCUUCUUUGUUGUUUGUGGGUAAAGAUUGUCUUACCACACUCUGUAUAUUUAUCUUUUUGUUUGUCUUCUUCUUUUUGUUUUCUUCUCAAGCUCCAAGAUCUAGAGAUUGAUUGAUUGUAAUCAAAGCUGAAAUUGUUGAGCUGAUGAUUUUUCCAGUGGCGUGCUCUGCUGGAUUACAAAAAUUAUUGCAUCUUACUUUUUU